AUGGACUAAUCAAAAAUAGUACAUGGUUAAAGUUUAAAAUUUGCAAUUAUUUGCUUAUUAUCAACUAAAAUGAGAGAUGACAACUCAAAUAGCCUAUAAAGUAUGAAUAGUACUGGAUAGAUUUUGAUAUCAGUGUACUAGUACUAGAUUUAAGAUUAUUCUUCCAAUAUUUAUUGUAAGACCAAGAAUCUCGAUUAGAAAUUAUCAAAUUUCAUUUUGAUUUACUCCUCAAAAGUAGAUAAGAGAUUCAGUAAGAAAAUAGGUUGA